GGAGGAGGAGCAGGAGGAGGCGCGGGAUAAAGGAGCGCUCGCUGCUCCCUCUCGCUCUCCGGCGGGGCUGAGGGAGGCAUCAUGGCCGCGAAGUCGGACGGGCGGCGGAAGAUGAAGAAGGGUGGCGAGGUGGCGUUCACGCCGCUGCAGAACUCCGAGCACUCGGGCUCCGUGCAGGCGCUGGCCCCGGGGCUGCCCGCCGGCUCCGGGCCGGGCGGCGGCAGCGACGACGACGACGCGCCCGGGGGCGGGUGCUGCAGCAGCGGCGGCGGCAGGGACGGCUCGGGCGGCGGCUCCCGGUGCUGCUGCUGCUGCGGCGGCGGCAGAGGAGGAGACGGCGGAGGGGGCGGCGGCGGGGGCUCCCGGGGCUCGGGCGGGGGCUCGUCCUCCUUGUGCCUGCGGCUGGGCAGGGAGCAGCGGCGCUACUCGCUGUGGGACUGCCUCUGGAUCCUGGCCGCUCUGGCCGUGUACUUCGCGGACGUGGGCACCGACAUCUGGCUGGCGGUCGACUACUACCUGCGGGGCCAGCGCUGGUGGUUCGGGCUCACCCUAUUCUUCGUGCUGCUGGGCUCCCUCUCUGUGCAGGUCUUCAGCUUCCGCUGGUUCGCGCACGACUUCAGCACCGAGGACAGCGCCGCCGCCGCCGCCGGGCACUGCCCCGCCGCCGAGAGCAAGCUGCUGGUGAGCAGCGGCUCCGCGGCCGCGGACAUCGACGCCGCUCGCCCCAGCACGCCGCAGCGACAGGCGUCCACCGCCAGCAAGGGCAACGCCACCAACAGCAGCAGCAACAGCAGCAGCAACGCCGCCGGCAGCGGCGCCGCCGGUCCCCGCGCCGGCGGCGGCCGCUCCGCGUCCUGCGCCUUCUGCAUCUGGCUCCUGCAGUCGCUCGUCCACAUCCUGCAGCUGGGGCAGGUCUGGAGGUAUUUUCACACAAUGUACUUGGGUAUCCGGAGUCGACAGAGUGGAGAGAAUGACAGAUGGCGGUUUUAUUGGAAAAUGGUGUAUGAGUAUGCAGAUGUGAGUAUGCUGCAUUUGCUAGCCACGUUUCUGGAAAGUGCACCACAGCUGGUCCUGCAACUCUGUAUUGUUGUACAGACUCGUACACUCCAGGCUCUCCAAGGUCUUACUGCUGCAGCAUCUCUCGUGUCCCUGGCCUGGGCUUUGGCUUCCUACCAAAAGGCCCUGCGUGAUUCCCGUGAUGACAAGAAACCCAUCAGUUAUAUGGCUGUUAUAAUCCAGUUUUGCUGGCAUUUCUUCACAAUUGCAGCAAGGGUCAUUACUUUUGCUCUGUUUGCCUCAGUUUUCCAGCUGUACUUUGGGAUCUUCAUCGUGCUGCAUUGGUGCAUCAUGACCUUCUGGAUCGUUCACUGCGAGACAGAGUUUUGCAUCACUAAAUGGGAGGAGAUAGUUUUCGACAUGGUUGUUGGGAUAAUCUAUAUCUUCAGCUGGUUCAAUGUCAAGGAAGGAAGGACACGCUGUAGGCUUUUCAUUUACUAUUUUGUCAUCCUUUUAGAAAACACUGCCUUGAGUGUUCUCUGGUAUCUGUACAAAGCCCCUCAAAUCUCUGAUGCAUUUGCCAUACCAGCACUGUGUGUAGUGUUCAGCAGCUUUUUAACAGGCAUUGUUUUUAUGCUAAUGUACUAUGCCUUCUUUCACCCCAAUGGACCAAGGUUUGGGCAGUCGCCAAGCUGUGCUUGUGAGGACCCUGCCACUGCCUUCACCCUACCCCCAGAAGUGGCCACAAGCACUCUAAGGUCCAUCUCCAACAACCGGAGUGUCACGAGCGAGCGGGAUCAAAAAUUUGCAGAGAGGGACGGGUGUGUGCCUGUGUUUCAGGUGAGACCCACUGCACCAUCCACACCUUCAUCCCGGCCACCAAGGAUUGAGGAGUCUGUCAUUAAAAUUGAUCUGUUCAGGAACAGGUACCCAGCGUGGGAGAGACACGUGUUGGACAGGAGCCUGAGGAAGGCAAUCUUGGCAUUUGAAUGUUCCCCUGCUCCUCCACGGCUACAGUAUAAAGAUGAUGCCCUUAUCCAGGAGCGCUUGGAAUAUGAAACCACAUUGUAAACAAAGCAAAAACACGGCUUGAAGAAGCUCCAACGUUACAGUCCAAAUUAAGGGUUGACAGUAGGGCUGUAGGAACUGUGUACUACAAGUAGAGCAGCAAGAUAUAGUGUUCUUAGUCUGGCUAUCAUCAUGAUUAUCAUUUGAUCCACUGUGUGCAGUCUGUCAGCAGGACACUGAUACAGCAGCAUCAUCUGAAAGCCUAAAAAAAACCUUGACCCACUCAUACAGAUCAGUUACUUCAGCUGGGGAAACUCACCCACGACCCCUUGCUGCUAUGAAACUCUGACUGCACAGCACUUACAAUCAAACCAGAGCUUUCAACUUUAGCCAGUAGUGCAUUUUAUUUUAGAAAUUAAUGAUUGAUAUUUCCAGAAUCAAUGGCAAAAAUAAGCAAAAACACACCUUUUCAAAAAUAACAAAACUAGCACACAGUGUUGCUGUUAGGAAAACUGUUUUCUGGGGAAAAAAAUAGAAGCAUAAUAGUCUUCAACACUCCCAUAAAUCAGCCAUUCACGUUAGAUUAGGUUUGCUAAAUAGUUCUUAAUUAAAAAGAUACAUUGUCAUGUUUGUAAGGCUGUCAAUGGAAAGUAAACUAAAUUUUGAUUGAUUAGGUCGUAAAAAUUAAUUCUACCAUAACUGUUUGUUUUCUGUGCAACUUCAAAGUCUUUUUAAAAUGCAAUUUAACUUCUUGAUGUUACUUUCAACAGAAAUCCUAUGCAGCUCACUUCUGGUUUUCAGGAGGAAUAAGGAGCUCUAACACGUAGUGAUAUACAUUAAAUGAUAAUCAUGAUUCAGUGUUCAAUUUGCAAAAAAAAAAAAAAAAAAAAAAAAGUGAAAGAACAGGGAAGUAUAGUUUUCACAUUCUAAACUUUUUGAAGGACCCCAUUCAGACAUUUCAGAAGAAACUACAAGGAGAUGAACACACUGAGACUUCUCUGUUUCAGGACUGAGAAUGCAUGAUUCAGUGUGUGAAUGUAUGCAGGGGUGACAAGAGACUGUGACAUGCCAUACACUUCUAGUGCCAAACAUUGUAUAACUGCAAGGUUGAUAUUGCCUGAGGGACAGAUAACAAGUGGCACAAGCCCUACCAGAAAAAGAAGCAGGGAAGACCAACCAAGUUCUCAACAUGUAGAGACAGCUCUGAUUUUUCCCAACCCGAGGUGAAAGUGAUGUCUUUUAAAGGCUUUCAGCCACCUCUUAGUAAGUAUAUUCACAGAAGUAUAAUAUAAGCAAGUUAUGUGGAAGAGUCUCUUCUGCCUGUUCAAGACGUUUGUCUAGAUGCGUCUAAAAAGUGCGUUGAAUCUCUUGUAAUAGAGUGCUUUGCUGCAAGCUUUUGGGUUUUAAAUACCUCCCUAAAUCUAGUCAAUGGUAUUAUCCUUUAUGUUAAAAGUAUCCCCUGAUGGUGCUUUCAAAUGCAUUAAAGGUGCAAGUCAAAAUUUGAUAGUAUUUUUUUUAAAUCUGGUGCAGAGUGAAAAACUCAUGGAUUAUUUCAAUAUUUUUGUAAACUAAAAAUAUGGUAUAAAAUGUUACUUUUUAUAAACCUCAAAUCUUUUAAUACAUUUCAUUCUCUUUAUAGCUUAGAUUUUAAGAAUUGGUCCAUGAAUUUUAUCAAAUGGCUUUUUCAGGUUGAUGUAAACCUGGUUUUCACACAUUAUGGAUUUGUUUUGCAGUGUAAUGCCAUAUGAAAGCCUACAUGGGUACUUUUAGAAUACCCUAUAAACUGUGGAUCCUGCUUCAAAUGUAAGUGGCUUGUAAAGACACCAAGUGAUUCCAUAGGAAAAAAUUUGCUAUAACUAUUUCCAUCCAUUUUAGGACAGAGAAGCAGAACUGAAGAGUUAUUGUUGUAAAUGGCACUGUCAGAAUGGAGAAGACCUGAUGAUUGGUAUUGUAAUCUUCACUGUCAGAUAUAUCCAGUGUAGUCACUGCUGUAUAUGCUGCUGGGUUAAUUGCAGUCUUUCCUAUUAUGAAUAUUUGUACUAUGAAAUGGCCAAGGUUACACAGACUAUGUUUAUUUGUAUGCGUUUAAUUAGCCAUUUUUAAUGUUGACUUUUUUUAUUAGUGAAAUGUUCAAUACCUGUUGUUCCUUGAUGGGGCAAGUUCCUCAAAACAAAAAAAUAAAAUCUGUGAAAGUGUAGGAAUCUGCAAGGCAGAGGGAACUUUACACAGAUCAGAAAACACCCAUGCUUCAAAGGUUUCUUAGGUAUUUUCAAAUUAAGCAGUAGCCAACUGCCUCUAUAAUUUUUUAAAUAAAACAAUUCUUUGAUAGUCCAAACCUGAAGCUUUGUACAAAGUGAUUGCCCUUCUCUCCAUGAAGAUAUAGCUGAUUAUUCAGAGAAAAGCACUCAUGUUUUGUCAAAAAAUAUACCACUGCAAGAACUGCUAAAAAAAGAUUUUUGGAGCAAGUCCUUUGUCCUGUCAAAUUCAGUAGAGCUUUCACUCCAGUAUCAAAUGCUAGUUCGCACAAGGAAGUUGCUGGUUUCCUUUACAAACAAGGCAAAUGGUAAUCUUUGUGAUCCAAGAUGUGAAUGUGUCUUUUGGAAACAGUGUAAUGUGUUUGCUGCUGCUUUAACAACUCAGAAAUUUAAGCCUGAAUGAGGCACAGUGGGCAGCCUUCACAAGCCCUACCCACCCUCCAGUACCUCCUGCAGAGAGGGGCACAUCACAGCUGUCAGUGAGGCUUGUCCUGUUCUGAUGUCCCUCUCAUCCUCUUGCUCUUCCUCAGAGCCGUGAGCCCUUUGGUCAGGGCUUAAAGAAUUGAAGAAAUGUUGCUUCGUACAAAAUUUAAAGGGUUAAAGUCUGCACCAGUGCUUGCUUUGCAAGGUUUCUGAAGAAGGUUUGGGGUGAGUUUGUUUGAUUUGCUCUUGUUUGGUUUUAGAAGGAAGGGCACAGAGGUAUUAUUUAUCCAUGUGGGUUUUCAUGCCUAGCAUUUACUUUCUUUACUCUCCCAGCAUUUUAAAUUUUUUUUAAAUAAUGUUUGUAAAAAUGUUUAUCUUAAGCAAAAUACUACUGCAGGGCCUGAGUGCAGAGUAACAUAUACAUACAUAUAUAUAUAUAUAUGUAUGUAUGUACUGCACUAUAUAUAUACAUCUUGUCCUAAGAAUUCAAUCUGGCUGUUUGAGGAAGGGAAAGAAAUCAUUAUACAUUAAGUCAAAAUUUGCUCUCCAAAAUCUUAUCUGUUACGUUCAUAACAUCAGGGAUACUUGCAGUGAGAACAGGGUGGCCAUUGAAAUUUUCAUGCUUGGAUGACUACGUGGACAGUUUCAUAAUUUGCAUUGCUGUGAAUAGUCACAUUAAAAGCUGUAAGAACUUUUUAUAGAAAUUGCCAAGAUUAAACAUCAUCCACAUUGAAAUUCCAUGAUGGCCUUAAGGACAGUUAAUAGUCAAUAUGCACUAUUCUUUUUACCACAGACAGUUUUAAAAUCAAUAAUGUUCAAUUAAGACAGCAAUAGAAAAAAAAAAAAAAACACCACACAAAAAACCCACAAACAGAAAAAAAAUUGUAAAGAAAUUAACUUCCGCUUUUGAAAUAAUAAAAAAAAUCAGACCUUUUAAAUUUCAUUCCAGAAUACAAGAAAAUAAAUUGUUUGUAUUUUCAUAUUCACAUUCUGGUAAAGAAAAGCAAUCACAUCUCUUUGUUAGAAGUAAGAAUUAUGAAAGCAUUGUUCUACUGAACCAAAAAAAUUGCCAGCAGAUUUAAGGGUAACUUAUCUGGUUAAAGACUUGGUCCUAAACUUCUGAGAGUCUGUAUUUGUCUGUUACAAAAAAGACAAUUCAACUACUAUUCACUAUUCUAAUUAGAUAAAGAAGAGGUAAUGUAUACCAUGUUUAUUCAGAAAACAUAUAAAAAAUGUAACAUACAAUUUUUUCCUUAUUUUAAAAGUUAUUUGUUCUGUAAUAAGAUAAUUUUUCUGAAAAAAAAUUCUUUACAAAUAUGUGCAAUACCUUUUUCCUGCAUAUUUAAUAAUGAAAAAAAUAAUUUCUGAUUUUGUUUAUGUCAAAUAUGUUUCUUGUGCUAGAACAAUGUUUCUGUGCUUGGGCUAUAUGGGUUUGAUGACAUAUAAAUAACAUUUUUAUUGACCAAACAACAAAUUCUCUAUUAAUUAAUUUUUUUAACACUGGAGAAAAUUUUCCCUCCAAAAUUCAGUGCUAUGCCUCAUCUGCCUGAUUUUGUAAACUUUUAAGCAGAGAGGGUAAAUUACAAUUUUAUUGGAGAUGUAAUUUUUAAUAUGUGGUGAAUAGCUAUUACACCCAUAUUAGUUUAAAACAUACGAUGGUCUAGCCAAUGCAUCAUUAUUUCCCCAGAAGAGCAAUUCAUAAGUGGUACUAAAAGUACAAGUGCUGCUUUGUUUGGAAAGGGACUUGCAAUCAUGCAAUAUGUUCAUUUACUUUUUAUUGGUCAGCAUAUUCACAACCAGCCUUUUGGGUUUUUCAGAACACAAAUUAAAGAAUUUUGAACUCUUUGUGAUUUGAUCAUAUAACUCCUUAAGAGCCUUAAAAGUGGCGCUGUACUGAGUUUUAGUUGGCUCUGCCAGUGAUUCAGCUCCCAAAGCCACUGCUGCCCUUUCUCUGCUCCAUCCCUGAAGUCGUGCAAUCCAGAGUGACUGAGAUGCUGAGAUUUACUUUGCACCCCCUUGCACUGCCUGCACAGUGCCAAGGAAAAGACUUCAACAGAUUCCUGGGGUCCUGCUGCUGCCUCUCUUGCUCCUGUGCAUGGUGGGAAGCGGAGUAAAUUGCAUCUGUGCAUCUAUCUAAACAAGCUUAUUUACGCUGAGCCCCUACAAGAUGUGUGUGAUGAAAAUAAUCACAACACGUGUCCAUGAAUUUACAAGCCCAACACUGCAAUUACUAAUUCUGUAGUAUAACAAAGCAGAACAUGGGAAGAAUUGUCUAAAUACACAAUAAGCCAUUUAAUUUUGUUAAUUGUAGCAAUUAUACUAGCUUGCAUGAAGCCCAUGCUCUCAGCAGAAAGCCAAAUGGAGUAAAUGGCAAACAGCCAUUUAUAUACCAGACACAUUAAGUUGUGGAAUCCUCCCUUCAUUGUUAUAGAACUAUGUCUUUUCAUUAUGACAUUGAAUUGAUUCCUCUUUAUUCUGAUAAAAGAGAUAAAAUGGAAAAUAAGAACAGAUUCUUUUAAAUCUAGGAAUUAAAAAAAAAAAAAAAGCACAACAGAUUCCUGCAGUUCACAUGUAUUGAUUUUUUGAAACAAAUUCUGUCAUUAUUUUCACUUGGCUGCAGAUUGCUGAGCAUUCCACUUCUGAGACGAUUUCUCACAUCUAGUAUGAGCAGACUUCAUUAUAGGAGAGAGAGAGAUGAACAUUACAAAGCCUUGCUCAUGCAAAGUUAGUCAUUGACCAACAGAUCAUUUACAAAACUGUUUUAACACAUGAGGGAUCCCUUGGCACAAUUUGUUUUACUGUAGUGACCUCAGUACAGGACUUUUAUGAGAUUUCUUCACUGGUAUGACAGAAUCAGGCCCCUGGUAUUGAGUGAACAACUGCAUGAAUUCAGACCACAGCAGUGGAAGUCUUCACUUCCUUGCUCCAAACUGAAGUCAGCUGGAGAUCUGCUUCUUUCCAAAGAGCCUGCAUGUCACUUGGCUCAACAGAAAUACAUACUUUAAACUUAGUGCUAGCUCAGCAUGGAUCAAACAUUUCUUCUUCUUUCCUUUUUUAGUUCAAACAUUUAAGAAUAUUCCCACUUUGACACAGUUGCUGUUUUGUGAUCCUUUUAAGAAGACUUCGAAAAAUGUCCCUGAAACCAGUCAUUUUCAGUGAUUCUUACAAAAGCCAAUUGCUGACCAGCACAUUCAUUAAAAGGAACUUUUUCUACAUGUGUAAGCUUGGCUCCUGUACAUACGUUUUGCUCUGAAUACUUAGGGUUUCAUUCUUAUGCAGCAGAUCUUAUGUACCCAUUAGUGAGCUGUAUGCCUGAAUCCUGGGGCAAAGAGGACAGAUAUGCAAAAUGCAGGGCAAAAAAUGCAAAAUGCAGGGCAAAAAGUCCUCUUCAGCAUGUUUACAGGGUGAUUUGCAUGAGCCAGAGAGGUCAGAGAGAAGCUUGUGUAUAAUUACAACAGAGUUAUAGAUGCUAUACUCAUUGAUAAAGAUUUAUAAGAAAUUACUGAUAAAAGUGGCCAACUAACAGAUCAAAUCUCAACUUCCACAUGCAAGGCAAUGUAAAAAAAAAAAGCAUCAAAGAAACUUUGAAGUGCAACCAAAAAUCUCUUCUCAAGGCAUGGUUGGGAUAAACUUAAAAAUGUAACAGAUUUGUCAGUGUAACUAGAUGUCGUAUUCGUAGAAAGAAAGAUGAAAUGGCUAUGGGUACAUUUUCUCUAUCUGUAAAUUUCAGCCUCUUAUUUCAGAUAUCUUUGGAAGCAAUUGCUUCUGGAUCUUACUUCUAGGCAUGCUGCAGCCCUAAGAAUACUAGCAGCUUUUCUACACAAGACCUGUUCUGCUAUAGGAAAGUCCAUAUCCUUUUAACAAAGUGUUGAGUUUGGGGUUGUCUUCUGCACUGAACUAAACCUCACAAAAGUUUGUUAGCGUGAAAUAGGUGUGUCCACUCAGCCACCUACUGUGUACUGGUACUGAAAAACAGAAUUUCACUAAUAAGUGAUUUCCUCAAGGUAAAAAAGCUGCUAGUUGAAUGUCCAUAAGAUACUUCAGAGGCAUAACAUAGUACUAAGGCAAAACAUAAACUGUGUUUGUGUGCUACGAGUCCACUCAGGUUGCAGUCCACUGCCUGGUUGCAGUCCAGCACUCCCUUCCCCACCUCAUGCACCAAAGAGCCCACGGAGAGAAAAACCAAGUGCAUGAGCUGGAUGAAAGCCACAACCCUCGGGGACCAGAUGCCCAGCACGUUGCAGCACACGUGUAGAGGCCUGCACAGGCACGCUGGGGGCCUCAGACUAAUACUGUGAUCCUCCAAACUGCACUAACUAGCAGCUCCUGAACAUUUUUAAUGCCAGAUGUUUGACCACCUAAAAUUUGGCUCCUGGACUUGAUCAGAAACAACUUGGUCUUAACAGCACAAGGCAGCUCAGCUCCUAUCUCCCACCUAAGCCUGCCAGGAUCCCCUGAGCACGUAUUCUUCUGCUUAUCUUACCUGAAGGACUUGGGUCCUCUGGGGUGCUAUCAGAUGGAGCUUUGCACAGAAAUAUCCAUGACUGCUUUUCCAGUAGUAGAUUGGUGGUAAGCAGAGACCAAGGGGAGAGCCAAAUGCAGUUAUCUCUUCAGCUAGCAAUGACUCAUAUCUUUAGCUACUAUCUCUCAGGGGAAGGCUAUAGGGCUGCACACUACUGAGGAGAAGGGCAAUGCUCCCUGCCUCAUAUUUUGAGGCUGUUCUUCCUCUUUGUGGAAAACAUAAAAGUUAUCCUGCGCAAUGUAAACAUACUUCUAGUAUUUUGGUAUGUUCAGUCCUUUUAGUGUUGAGGGCAGAAACUGUUGAGCCCAUUCAGUGCCAUUGCCUACAUCCAGCAAUGUCUACAGGAUACAGCUGGAGAAGAAGCAAAAUCACUCUGCUCACCCUCCAAAAGCCGUAUGAACAUGGUUAGCACUGUGACAAAGCCUGAAUCUCUACAUGCUGCCUCGAAUCAGGUCUGUUAAUGCACUGUGUGCUAAUGCACUGCUAACGCUGUGGCCACGGUCACCUGGUUUUUCACUGGAGCUCAGGCAGACUUUGUAUGGGCAUCAAAGCUACACGUGUAGCUUAUCUAUAGUUGCCUGAGCCCAAGGUGCAUACCCUUUGCAAUCCCAAUUCCUUCACCAAACAAAGAUCAGUUUGGGCUGAGCAAAGGGCAAACAGGCUCUAUGCUGUCUAGCCAGGCAUGUGGAGCACACAUGGUUUCUCUGGAUGGUACUUUUGAACCACAGUUAUGUGAAAAUUGCCCAGGUUGUGGUGAAUGCAAGAAGUAAGUUCCGUGUCCACAGUUUGGAGCAUGCUAUAAUGAAUACCCUCUGUGAAAGUGUUUGUUUUUAUCAUAAUAAAAAUAGUACAAUCUUAUCUCAUACUUGGGAGCAAAUUUACAGUAUCAAAUGCAUUUAUAUAUAUAUAUACUUGUGUAUAUAUAUGUGUGUGUGUGCAUGUAUACACAUUACAGUGAGUCCUGAGAUUCUAUUAGGAUUCAAUCUUGCAAUUAAUUUUAAAUUCUAAUCCUAAACAAAAGGAUCAAGAGCAUUGCCAUCAAGAGUAAUCAAGUGAUAACUGCAAAAAGAAAAAAAAAAUUAUUGGAAAAUACAUUCUAGUUAUUAUUUGAGACAGCUUUGUGAUGUAUUAUGCCAGCACUUUAACAAAAAGUUAUGGAAAAAAUAUGUCUAAUGCUAUAUUUCAUAAUCUUAAAUAUUUUGGUAAAAGAACAGAGUGGGGAAAAUUUAUAUAAAAUGAAGAAAGAUCUAUCACAUUUACUUAAUCAAGGAAAAAGUCAUAUAGGAAAAUGGCAAAGGGAUCAAUUAAACUUUCAUUUCAUUUAAUGUUGGUUGUAUUUGUUUCUCAAUCAGUUAUCAUUGUCAGUAGUUUAUGAAGGAAAUAACUUGCAAUAAUUAGGAUGGUUUACUUGCAUUUUAAUUGAAGAACACUAAAGAGAAUUUGUUAUCCAACCCACAUGCAGUUUCCUCAUACAUGCUGUCAGAAGGAAAGAUUUGCUCUUGCACUGAUUAUGUAUUGAAGAUAAAUUUCAAAUGCAUGUAUUUGAAAACAAUACCCCUGUCAAUUUAAAUAUACCAUGCAUACACAGUAGCUAUUUCUGAAAUUUUAAUUACUGAUUUUUUUCAGUAUGUUCUGCGUUAUUAUCUGCCUAUCCCAGAUUGUUUCUUAGGUGGUGUUUGAUAAGAAUUAAUUUUAAAUUUUAUGAAGCUGAGGAAGAGACUACUUGCCAAUGAAGGCACUUGCUUCUAUAUGUCUAGAGUUCCUGAUCAGAGUCACCAUUCAGCAUUAAGGACACUGUUUGAAAAAAACAGAAACUUUCCAACAGGAUCUGAUUGGUAGACAGAUAGAUCUGAAAUCGUUGUGACUGGGUCAGACAAUGGCAGUAACUGCAGAGAGAAAGGUCAAAAAUAGUCACUAAUGACUUUCAACAUUGUUCCCUGCAUUUCCAUUUUGGGACUAACAUAGCCUUCCUGCCAGCCAGCAAGUGCUGUGAUUGCUCCUGGCACCAGCACUGUGGCAUUCCCUCUGGCUGAAAGCGGAGACAAGGUAGGCAGCUUGUUUCCAGCUCCAGUUCCUCCUGGGUCACCAGGCUGGCCCACAGGAGAUAUUUCACUGAGAACACUUUAUCUAUGUGUGAGAUUGCCACACCAGUCUGGGCAGGAUUUAGCCUUUAGACAGCACUGUAUGGACAAUGAAAAAUCUUCCUUUGUCAGCAGAGAGGGCAGCUGCCACUAUUUAUAGUCACAAAGUGCCAGCAUAUUGUCAUGUAUUUGUGGCUGCUAUCGAUUCCUCCUUUUUUGUAUUUUAUUGGAACAGCUUGGAACUUGCCGAGCUGUGCCUAGGUUGAUUUGCAGCUAAUUAAUUCAACAGACAUUUUUAAUCUUGCAAAUUUGUGACUUGUAAUACAGUAAUCAAGGUCCCGUGAGCAAACAUUAAUCAGCUUGGGGGAAAAAAAAAAAGCUAUUGUUAGCUGUGUUCAGCAAGGUACCCACACUGGAAAGAGAGAUCUAGACAAAAUGCAAUAUUAGUAAAUUCAUCCUAGCUAAGCUUUCAUCAUUCAUCUUAUGAAACAUUUAUCCAUUUUGUUUGGUUUGUAGGUGCAAGGAGUUGUAUUUAAAAGAGGAUUACUGGGAUUGAGACAGCUGUGGUUACCAUCAAUGGAGAACUGACCAUCUAUUCAUCUUAUCAACCAAAAAGUCAUUCUACCUAACAGCAGUACAGUUUUAUUUUUGAGAUGACUUUGCUGGUUCUGGAACAGUUUAUCUGUAACAAAACAUAUAAUCACAUUUAGUAACAGCACUAAGUACUGGGUGAAUGAGUGAAGAAAAUAUUGUAUUCAUUGCUUUUAACACACAGCUGGAUUUUAGCUGCUUUGACACAAAGCAGAAGGGGAAAAAAAAUAUAAUGUUGCCUAUACCAAACCUGAUCUCUGAAUAAUGAAAGGCUUGUGACCAGCAAAGCAUUUAAAUCCUUUCGUCACCAGAAAGGAUGUAGGUUAGUACACUUGCAGUUUAUAAAAACAACUAGGAAUAAGUGGAUGGUUUUAUAUUUAACCUAACUCUAGUAUUUGGAGGAACACAGCAACAUGGAACUCAGCAGAGCUCUUGCUUGGCCCCCUCCUCAUACAGAGUUUUCAAGCAGGGUGCUGUCACAGCCCCCUCCAGUCAGGCUGCACAGGGUGCACGUGUGUGUACGACAAUGAGUAAUCCGUACACACAUUUCGUUCUGGGAGCAUCUCCACUGUUGACCUUCGCAGGGAGGCCAGAGAUCAAAGACACGAAGGCAAAAGGGUGAUUCCUCUGGUCACGAUUAAGAGAUGUUUGUGAAACACUGUGGAAGCUGCCCCUGCUGUUUCAGUGGAUAAAGGGAGGAGCAGAGGUUUUAAUGGGGAGGGGGGUGGGAGCGCGGUGGGAAGGAAAAAAAAGACAAAAAAACCCCACACACACCAAAACUCAAAGCAACAAACCCUGGUGCCAAAAUACUGCUUAUAGUGCAAUUGCUCUCUCCUCUGGGAAAGACGUUGACUGGGAAAAUUCUACAAACUAACUGGAACACACAGGGAGACAGUGAAAAGAAUUUCUUAGAUAUAACUUUGUUGCUAUUGACAGGAGUUGUUUACUAGCAAUAAGAUACAAAGAGGUCUCAAACUAAGGCCUGGGAGACAAGGAUUUUGUAUGGCAGUGAUUGUUAAAUUUAGAAAUCAUAGAUCUUUAUAAUAGAUUAUAGGUCAGAUAAUUUUAUUAUCCUCUUUAUGGAGGAUUAAUCUCAGAUGGCUUCCACAAAAAACAUAAGGUUUAAAAUAGGCUCAGAAGAUGGGCUUUUCUGUAUAUGAAGUAUUAUAGGCUUGCUGUUGUUCAAGUGCUUGUGCAUUUUCUCGUGGUCUCAGUUUUUCAUGUAGUACAUCCAUAAAUAAAUAGCGGAUUUGCAGGUGCAUAUUCCUUUAGUGCUAACUGUCCUCACAUCAGCUUCUUCAUGCACAGCUGAAGGAGCAUGAGGAGCACAUACAUGGCAAGGUGUGAAGGUGUAGAGCAGGAAAAAACAGAGACUAUGGAGAUCAGUAGACUAGGAUAGAUAAGACUUCUGGUAGAAGCCUUAUAGUUAGGGAACAGCUGUGAAUCUAUAGAGUGGGUGAGCCCUCAUAGCAUUUGUUCAUGCUCAGGUAUUCUGUCACUCAGCUCAUCAUGGAAAUUACCGCUGAAGGACUUUCAGCUAUAGUAGAUGUUAUCAUCAACUGUUGCUUGUUUAGAAGCAGGAACAGUCUCAUCCUGAUUUCAGUAGAAAAGCUGGUGGAGUUAACCAUAGCCUUAUGCAUGGUCUGUAAGUGUAGCAUAUCAUGAAAGGUCUUUUUUCUCCAAAGAUUCACUCAAAAAUGUUGGCAAAGUUUGCUAGAUACUGUUAUGAUGUUUUUCUUGUAUUUCCUUCCAUUUUCCUCUUGUGCUUGAGUCUCAUGGGCAUAAUGCACCAAUGAGAGAAGACUGCUCAGAUUAUCUAAGAAACUUUCUUUUCUCAUAUCACAGUACAAAACUCAAAAAUUCUUUUGCAUAACACCUGGCUAUGGGAUAACCCCUAUGGUUAGAGAGGGAAAACCAAGUUAAAACUGCAAAUGUUGAAACAAUUUUCUCAAGUGCAAAGCAGGAAUUGUUUUAAAGACAGAUGUCAUAUUUUGAUGCUCAGCUGAUCUUCAUCAUUCCAAAGCCUUGGUAUAUGCCCAUAGCAACCUAGAAUUCAAUAUCUUUUGUUUCUGAGAUAAUUUCUGGCCCACAGAACAGCCACUGAUGAGGAUCAUGUUGGAUUAGCACUCAAAGAUCUGCCAUCCCACUGCAGUUCUCCUUUAACAGGACUGCUGCUCCUUUAAAUCAAUUCCCAUUGAUUCUCAAGGGCAGAAACUGUCCCCUGUGUAAUUUGUUCUGCUUGAGGGGACAGAUAUUUUGUUCUCUAUUCUCUGAGUUGUGCAUUAUUAACAAGCUAAUGUUUAUUCUAACAAAUGAGCAUCGCCGUAUUUUCCUGCAGGUGCCAUUCCAUGUAUAAGGCUGUCUCAAGAGUGUCAGCUGGCUCUGCUCUUCUUCCCAUGCUUGCUCACCUGCCUCCUUAAUCAAAUGUUAACUUAACAAUUGUUAUUCCUCAUGCUGCAGAGCCAUGCAAAAACCAGUCUGACUUCUGGAUUUGACCCGUGGCAUUAGCAAAUGGGAGAUUCAUCUUCUCACUGUAAGCUGAGUGCGUUGGAAAUGGUACCCUCUGGGAUGCAAUAAACACGGUUCUUUACCAUAUUGAUUUUAUAGUAAUUUUCCAGAGUGCAGUUGUGCUUUGAGACUUUCUGCAGCUCUCCGUAAUCCUCUUGUAUUAAAAAAAAAAAAAAAGGAAAAGAAAAAAUAAAAUAAAACCAACUUUUAAUUGUUCUUCCUCAGUAUACAUUGUUCUCAUGAAAUUUGCAGUGUGCAAGGAGCAUGUCAGUUAAUUCAAUUUGGACAUUUUAAAUGGAUUCCUACAAACAAUAUUAAUUAACUCAGUAGUAAUUAAAAAGAGCAUAUUCUCCAGUCAUUACAGCAAAAUGCAUACUCAGAUAAGGCUAACUAAUUUGUGUGUUCUUUCACCCUCCAUCUUUUAAUAUACAGAACUCAAAGUUUGUUUUCAGGCUGACUGGUGGAUUUCAUUUUGUUUGGGGAAAUGUGUGCAAAAGUGUUUCUAGGCUAUUAAUAAAACAGGUGAGCCAUCCAAAGCAAUUUCACAUGAGCCAAAUGAUCCUAAAAGACAGACUUGAUAACAGCUGUGCUUGCAAAGCCUUCUUCAACAACCUACAGCUAAGCAAAAAAAAAAAAAAAAAACCAAAACAAAAGACAGUCUUAAAGGACUGAUGGAGAAAUUCUGCCUGGCACACAUGUCAAUAAGUCAUACUUACACCAGCACUCUGGACAGAAGCGUUUAUUAUACUGGGAUUUACUUUGAUUAUGGACAGUUUAUAAUCAUAAAGGGCUUCCCUAUAGGUCCACCAUAGCAAAUGGAUUACUUUCUUUUAACUUUAAUGGAGUCCAGUAAACCCCAGGAGAAAGCACAUGGGCAUUUAUCUUUUAAAUUUCACAAUGUCACUCUAUGUAAAAUUUAUUUUUUAAGGAAUCUCUUUAAUAAGUGCUUUACAGUGCACUUGAAUUUUACUGUCUGGUGAAACUGUCAGCCAUUGUGCACCCAAUACAGAUAAGGCUAAGUCACUGAAAAUGUCUGAGGAAGCAAUAUCAGGCUUUGUAUUAAAAAAAUAUUCCACUGAAAAUAAUACUAAAGCCUUUCUAGGUCUUCCAAUCUCUGGAUGAGGCUAAGAUACUUGGCUGGAUUCCAGUAUAAAUUAAAAUGUCUUUUAAAACUUUCAGGCAGCUUAUGAAUAUGUUAAUUUUACUUUAAUAUUUUCUAUGAAAUAAAAACUGUCCUUUGAGCUAUACAUUGCAAUUUCAGGAUGAAUAUACAUCUUUCCAUAGAGCCUUAGUCACUGGACUCAAGGGAAAAAUCUAGACAAGGUGGAGAGGUGAGAUUUUAUCCUAAGCUCAGGCAAAAAUCCUCCUGUUUUCCACUACAGACUGCCAACCUGGCCCUCCACGAUAUUUGCCUGUUGCACCUCGCCACUGAAACCCCUGAAAAUGGAUCAAGCAUUUGGAUCCUGGCAAAUUUUAUCUCCUUAUUUAGUUCUGAGUCACACAGAAAGGGGACAGAGGCAGCUCAAUGCCACAAGGGAUCAGGCAGGUGCAGGUAGAUCCUCUUCUCUUCCAGUUUCUCCAAAACGGCUACCACUGACACAACUGAAUUGGUGAGGAGAAGGCGGCUGUUUCUUGUUGAGGCAGACAUUAACUGCAUGCAAUGAGACUUGGAGAUAUUAUUUGUAUUUGGAAAGGAAAGGUGGCAAAUAAGUUAAUGACACAGUGAAGAGGAUGCCUACGUACGUCAAAUACGCACAAUGGCAACACUCUGAAACACUGAGCUGGAUACCCAGGCUGUAGAGGUUAGUGCUAAGAAAACAAGUUGAUUAGCUGGUGCAGUAAAGUCCUCAAGCAGUUUUUAGGUUUUUAUCCUCUCCAAACUGAUAGGCACAGGGGAAAACAAAGGACUGCCUUCACUGUUGUUUCACAUGCAGAAAAAAAAGAUUUUUGCAUCCAUUUCAAAGGUGUGCCUUUUAGCAUCUUUGUGUUUCAUGAAAUCGGACCUGAAAAAUAUUUUCCCCCCCUUCAAAAUCAGAGCAUCUUUUUUUUCUGUUAGGUUUACAUAAAGCUAUAAAGCCUUGACUUCUCUGAGAAACUGAGAUUCUCUCAGCCCCACUCCCUGUCACCCUAAAAUAGUCAGAGCAAUGGAGCUGAAACUCCUGACAAACAUUUUGGGGAAAGCUGUAAUAUCACGCCACAUCAAGGAAUCUCACAGUCCAUUUUCUAGUUUUCCAUUUAGUUCUAGCAGGAAAAUUUAAAAGGCUGUGAUGUGCAGGAUGUGCAAAUGUAAUUGGCUGUUACCAGCUCUGCUGCCAUAGCAUGUAGGUUCAGCAGUGAACAUCAGUGACUCCUCAUUUUGGGCUGCCAGAGAUGAAGUUGGUCAAAACUUUUGAAAAUCGUUAUUAAAAUUCAAGGGCCCUAGAAAGGUAACAUUAAAAGGAAAAGAAAACGAAAAAAGAAAAGGCUUCAGGAUUUCCUUCUUUAAUAGAAAAUAAAAAUGAAAAACAGCAUAGGUACACAGUUCAGAAGUACAAACCCUACUUUUUUACAGGCCAAUUAAAAAAAGAAAGGAAAGCCACCAACAAAUACCCAAACUAUUUCAGUGUGUGAUGCUCCUUGCUGUGAUGCUCUUCAAGCCAGGUUCCUAGUGCAGAAUUCAUGAUACCAAAUUGCAUUUACCCAUUUUGUGAUCAUCUGCAAAGGGAUCUAACAGUAGGACUCAGAAGAGCCAACACAUUACAUGUUUAGUAAUGGGAUGUUAUUAGGUUGUUGCCACUGAAGACAGGAACACAUUUACAAGUUCAUUUCUGUUCUGCAAGUAGGCUUUUUUUUUGUGAAAUUCAUUCCCAGAGUUUGAAGACUUUUCAUGCACCCACACACUCCAGUUGGGCAUUUUGCUAGAGAAAGCUGCCUGCUUCUCUUCCUAGGCAGAAAUGGAAGGGAAAGCUGGGUUUGUCUCUGCUCCAGGGCCUUUUAGCUUGAGCUCUGUGACUAUGACGCCAGCCCAAAUCUCUAUUCAUCCUGAGUGGACUCAAGGUAACGCUUUCUUGGAGACUGUCCUGUCUGCAGGAGGGGGAACUAUGUCCCUCUCUCCAGAUGAGAAAAGGUCCCUGUGAGAGCUGAAAUGCAAUGGUGCUGGGCACAGGCAGGAAGGCCUAAGAGGAGCUGUAGCUCUGUGGUGCAAGGUGGAGGCUGAUCCUCUCUUUGGGGACUGGUGGGUGUGUACACACCAGCUCUGCAGGAACAUCAUGUGGGAGAUCCCCACCAUAUGGGCACAUCCUGCAUGGAUCCAGACAUGUGGGUACAUCCCAGGCAGGCUCCUAGGACAUUUAUUCAGUCAGUUCCCGGGAGAUGUAGGCACAGGAUCCCUGGCCCUGUGACUCUCAGGUGACCUCAGCAGAGGGCAGGUGCAUAGAAGUUCACCCAAGCUGAGAUGGUGGUGCUUCUGGGCACACGUGGUGGCACAUCUUCAGGCACUCACAGUAUAUUUCUGCCUUCCAGAAGCUUCAGUCCCAGAGGUCAACCAGACCUCAUGUGAUGCCUGAUAAAAAGUAAAUGACUUCCUAAUACUAUAUAAAGCCUGUAGAAAAAUGCACAUGCAAAUACGCUCAAAUACUUGAAAAUCAAAUUCUAAUAGUAUAUUCUGUUUAUUCCAAUGUUAUUAUUACUUUUUUGUUUCAAAAAUCAUAAAGUUUCCUGCUUUUAGUUGUUGCAUGAUAUCAAAUUAAUUCUAAAUGAGUGGGCUUUUACUGUAUAUGUCCUGGGUUUAGUUUUUCAGUAAUUUUUCAUAAGUACAUUUUACAUCUAACUACCUCAGCUGCCUUUUAUUUUCUUUUGGCACAUAUGAAAUCAUGCACUUUCUAUAUUUGGGGAUUUGGGGGAAGGAAUUCUUUCAAUUUUGAAUAACCAGGUUCAAAGCCAUGUUGAUCGAUUUAUAGAGGAGAACAGUUUAAGAAGACAUAAUUAUUGAAACAGUUGCAGAACAUACAUUUUAUUUUUAGGUUCUGUUGGGGUAUAGUUAAACAAAAAACCACCAUAAGCUGCUUAUUAAUUUGCCUUAAAAAUGUGUGCUCUUUCCUAGUCAAGUUGUGUUAUUUAACUCUUCUCUUGUACACAAUUUAUGUGACAAAGACUAACGUAACAGUUGGCAGAUAAACAGUAAAUUGAACAGAAUGGACCAAUAGUUUCUCAGUUCUCUGUUGUAAACUGUUGCAUUAUACACUGAUUGUGCUAAAAUAAUUGUUACUGUGCUUAUACUCCUUAGCCACCAUUGCGGAAAUAAAGUGAUGGAAGAUCACAUUCAUGUUGAUGGAACAGUGUAGAUAUCCCCCCAGUACAAGCACAGUGACUAGAGGUGAAUGAUAAUCAUUGCAGAACUUGUGCUUUGACUUGUAAACAUUGUAAAAAUGUAUUUGGUAUUUUAUUUGAAAUGAAGAAUCAAAAUAGUUAUUAAAAAAAAAAGAAAAGAAAAAUCUUCCUGUAAAUAUAUAUAUUCUGAAUCCAUGUAUACAAACAUUCCUUUAGAGUUCAGAUUGUGAAGAGUGUCUUUAUUGGCUAGAGACCACUGCCUCCUGUGGCAGAGGUUACAUGUGCUAUAGUAAAGAACACAGUGUGUGAAGUAUUUGAUGUACUGCAGUACCAUAGUUCUUUUGGUCUGUUAAGUAAGUUGCAAUUUGUGAUGAAAUGAAGUUGAAAGUAGUGCUUCAUACUAACAAAUUUCCUUGGUUACAACUUGAUUUUUCUUGUAAAACUUAAAAGAGAAACUUGAAAAUUUUAUAUAUUUGGAUUUUGUAGAUUUUUUUUAUUUUAUUGCAACACAAGGUACCAAAAUCAUUAAAUAAAGUACACUGUGGUCAUUUUA